UAAGCUGAGGCUCAACCGCGUCAGUAAGGCUCUGGUAACUGCAUAGGAAGGUCGUCGCUCGCUAAGGCUCCGUCAAUAACGUUGUCUGUUUGACUGACAUUUCUUUCUUGGAGCUUCGCUCAUUCUGUCUUGCUUCGCUUAAUACGCAGGUGCGAACAAUCGUUAAGAGCGAGCUUAACAAGUAACAAUAUGUAUUACUAUCCAGCUCACUACGAGGCUCGCUACGAACCCUACGACUACUACAACUACUACGACAGCCUCAAGUACCUCCGUCCGGGGUUUGUCACCACGCGCUACUACAUCGGCAACCCCUACAUCACCAGCUACAGUGACGGUCGCUUCGAGCUCCUGCGCCGCACCCCAGUCUAUUCUACUCUGAGGAGUAGGUCCGUUGAAAGGGAAAUCACACCUCCGAGGUUCGUUCGGGCGUCUAGCAUCCCUCGGCAAACCUCUCCACCCGCAGAAAAUCUCAGGCACAGUACUAGAGCAUCGAGUGUGCCUCCCACAGAUUCCUUCACUCCUUCCAUAGUGCACUACACUCCCAAGCUAUCGGAAAGCUCAUCUCCCGCAACCACUUUUUCGUACUUCUCCCGUCUUCCAGAAGUACCCGGUAAAAUGCCUGACCAGCCCAAGAGAAUCUUUACCGCAAAUCCUGUCUCGUUUGGACCUCGGGUCUACACGAAUCUCUCUGUAUUCCCCACCAUGAGGCACUCUUCAUACAGCCUCAUGACUCCCAUUGACCGAUUCAGGUACCGCACCGUGCCAACCAAGUCGUACAACACGUAUCCCAGCUCGUCGUACUACAGCUACCCCACUCCUACUAGGACCACGUCGAGCGCAUACCGCCAGAGCGACCUUUUCCCAACUCGCUUCCAGAUCGACCGACUCACGUCGCCUAGCGUUGAACGCUUUUACGCCGGUCGUCGGACACAAUAUUAGUUUUCACGAUGAAAUAGUACUUGUCUAAGGAAUGUCUAGGUAAGAGUCUGUGUGAGAUAGAUGUUCAAUGGAGUUUGAGCUCCAACUUAAUGGGAAUGGCAUGAGCACUUGCACAGUCAAUCGCAUCGUGCAUAAGUGGCUGAUUUCAUCGAUCGAUUGAUGUAUGAUUCAUACGCGGGGGGACUAUCACUGCAUUGAAAUUUUCAAGAUACGAUGAUUUCACUAAGGCUUAUCUAUAUUAACUCACUGCCACGCUGAAAGAUUUUUCUUCACCAUAAUUUUUAAUUCUUUGUUUCCGUUGGCAACCUUGCUAUUGGGAGAAUGUCAGGAUAACACUGGAUCUCCUAUAUAUAUCGAAACUUUAAUUUACUAGUGUGAGCUUAACUUCAUUUCUUUUGCGGAGUAUCUUUUCUGAAGGACAUGGAGGUUUCGUUGCCAGCUAUUAAACACGGAUGGAAUAUAUUAUAUAAGGCUAAAAACAACAAAUUUUGAGUUAAGAUUCGGAGGGUAAGCGUUGAGUUGUAGGUUGAAAAUGAGCGCGUGUUGUCAACCUACAACUGUGCGCUGAAAGUAAAUGUCCUCGCCGAAUAUAUAUCAAAACGUUUAAAGGAUAAAGAAAUUAUACGACGCUUUGAAUCCCACGGUUCAGCCACUUUCAUCGUAAGGCAUUCCUCAUCAAAUGUUAACUUUUUACAGUUAAGAAAAAAUCCAAAGAUGAACCAACAUGUCUAUUUUCUUUAUUUGCUUCUUUCUACGACUUCGAAUGUUUUCUAGCUAAGCUAUCCUUCUAUCGACCGAACCUUCCUUCAAACCUUUAUAAUGCGAGCAUAACUCGUUCUCCCGAGGAACUAUUCGUUUCGGUUAGAAGGCUAAUAGGCACGAACUGGGCCGUGAUGUAAGAUCUCGCUCGUGUCUCAUUAGUCUCAAGUCUUGAUCGAUUCCUCUCUCGAGACGAGUCCCAAAUAAGCUACUCUAAAACGUUUACUUGCUUUUAUGGCAAAAUUGUCGUAAUUGCGAAAAAAUAAUUACAGUUACG